AUGAAGAUAUUAAUGCUUCACGGAUCCCGCCAAUCGGGCGAACUCUUUAAAGCCAAAAUCCAGGCCAUAGAGAAGUUGACCAAGCUUGCUCUCAAACGCGACAUUGAAUUUGUGUACCCAACAGCUCCAUUUCCCCUGGAGGUCUUAGGUGAAGGAUCCGAACUACGCGACCGACACGGCGCCUGGGCCUGGUUUCAGUUCGAAUCUCUCGAAAGCAUCCAUGGUGGCCUAGAGAAGACUCUGGAUCUCAUCGCGUCGAUUCUCAAAACAUCCGGGCCGUUCGAUGGGGUUAUUGGAUUCAGUCAAGGGGCCGCAUUAGCAGCCAUGGUCGCCGCCCUCUUGGAGAAACCUGGCAGGGAAGCGGAAUUCAGUCGCUUGCAAGCGGCUGAAGACGCGAUCCCAUAUCCAGUUAGUUUUUCCGAGUGUGAACAUCCGCCGCUUAAGUUCAUGGUGGCUAUUUCGGGGUAUGUGGCUUCACAUCCGGUCUACCGGGCUUUCUAUGACCCGCCUAUUGUGACGCCAAGUCUGCAUUAUAUUGGGAGCUUGGAUACUUUGGUUGACGAGGACGCGUCUAUGCGGCUUGUGGAUUGCUGUCAAGACUUGGCCAGUGAUGUGAAGCCGACUGUUAUUCGGCAUCCUGGUGGCCAUGUUGUUCCAAGUGGAAAACGGCAGCUCGUUGGGAUUGUGCAUUUUAUAAAAUCGCAAAUGGAAAGUUGA